AAAAAUAGCUAUUUAUAUACAAAGAACCAAGCAAUCCAUUCACUCUUUGCUUGUUCAUCAUCAUCUUCCUCAGAUGGGCACAAAGAGUCGAUUCAAGCAAACACCCAAAAGAGCAAAAAGGCCAAAAAUAAUCUGAACAAAGCCCAACAUAAAAUAGCAACUCGACAAAAGCUCUCUAAUGGUGGUUCUGCGAUUUGGGUUCUCCUCCUCGUCACCAGUAUUAGUCAUUUCUCAUCAAAGGGGCAUGGAGGAAGGAGUUUUUACUGCACCUUCAUUGUCGUCUUCUUCCUUCAAUCUGUCUGCAAGCUUAGAGCCAGGUGCCAUUGCCACGCCCACCAACCGUUCGACACCUGUCCCCUUCGAAUUUUUCCAUUAGAAAAUGCUCGCUUCUCCUCUGCAUUUCAUCAUUCCUACUGUAGAUUUCACUAUGUCAGCCUUCUCUUCUUUGAUCAGCGGCUCCCCAUUGCUCAGGUUUAGUUAUUGUGGGAAGCGGAGGAGUUUGAAUAAGAGGAACAGGAUACAAGCUGGGGAGCCCAUUUUGGCUGUGGCUUCUGCUCAGAGCAAUCGGACAUCGAAUUGCCAUCCUAAUUUCAAUCUUGAGAUGAUGAAGGUUGCGAGGGAGAAGUUCACACAGGAGAUCUCAUUCAGGUCCAAGGAUAAGGAUAUUUCUCUUGUCAAGGCUUUGUUGCUUGUUGCUGCUGAAGAUGAAGCUUUCAUGGCUUACAAUCGAGACAUGGAUGCACACUCUAUUCUAAGUGAACGGAAUGAUGCUUCACUGCCAUCAGAAUCUCAACUGAAAUGCCAUGACGUAGAUGAAAUUUCUUUAGCUGGCAGGACGAUAUCUGGUUGGUUAAAAGAGUUGGAGAUUAUAGCAAAGGAAGUGGAAGCAGAGCUAGUCCCAAGAGAUAUUGGCUGCCACUUGGUGGAAGUCUUGGAAGCUGUAAAUGUUGUUCUCUUUGAAUUGAGAGGCUUUAAAAGAUUUCCUGUGCUUGUAGAUUCAAAGGUCUCAUACUUGCACAUGGUACUUAGCUCUGGGCGUGGAAGCGCUAUUAUGCUGAGUAUCAUUUAUAUUGAGAUAUGCCGGAGACUUGGUGUCAGCAUAGUGGGUUCUCGAAUUGGGGAAGAUUUUCUAAUUUGGCCUCAGACAGAGAACUUGGAGGAACUAUUUAAGGCUUCUUCUGGACACAGCUGGUUGGUUAAAGUUAAUGGUCAAUGUGUUGAAGAUCCUAAAUCAAAAGCAUCUGAAUUGAACAGCAAUUCAAUUUUAAGCCUCGAUAUUGCUACUAACAGAGAUAUUAUAGGGAUUGCACUGGCUAAUUUGAUUAGGCUUCACUGGAAACGUGCAUCAAAAUCAAACCGUGGAUUGAUGUUAACAUCUCCAUUGCGACCAAUACAUUCUGAGGGUUCAAAAGUUCCAUUGCUUCGGCCGCAAGAACUGAGGCUGGCUAUUAUGGCAUCAGAGAGGCUGUUGAUUCUCCAGCCUCACAAUUGGAGUCUGAGACGAGACCAUGGCAUGCUGUUGUACUAUAGCAGGAGGUUUGCUGAAGCAGUUCAGGAACUUAGCAUAUGCAUGGCAUUUGCUCCGGCAGAGGAGGCAGAAAUACUGGAACCAUUUGUUGAGAAGCUCCAUCUUUUGCGGGUUGAAUCCUCGUGGAAAUCUUUGGAUCAAGCUGGCUCGCUCGCUGUUCCUUGAGGUUUUAUCUGUACAUAAUAAAUUACUAAAUUCCAUCUUGAUGCUACUUUAUAAACGUCGUGGAUCUAAUGUUAUGUAGCCUUGGACUCUAAAUGGUAGAAUGUAAGUUAUAUAAAUCUUGAUGUUGUCUUUUCUAUCAAAA